GUGACUGCCACUGCUGAAAGGAAGAAGCAUUUCUAGAGCAAAAUAAGCCGCUCAUGCUACAGGAGCUGAAACAAAGCAUAUGCCAGUAUGUUUAAGCUGUGUGGACUUCAAUUUCUGCUCGUCAUUCACUCGGCUCUGUGCCAGAAUUUGGGGGACCUGCAUGUAAGUGGGCCUCUGAAGGACAUGGAUUUCUAUAUUCCAGAAGGAGGGGGAAUGCGCUUCAUUUACCAGUUCACACUUGAGCCACCUGCUGUGAGUUUCAGAGUGACUGGUGAAAAAGAUGGAAUAAUUGACAUUGGGCCACGGACAGGCAUCCUGUAUCUCAAUGGGUCUCUGGACUGGGAGACCAAACCAGUGCACAAGCUGCAGGUGGAAAGUCUGGAUGAAAAGGGAGAUACAGUAAAAGGUCCAUAUGCUGUUACAAUAUAUGUGGAGGAUAUAAAUGACAACCCACCAAAAUUUGACCAGACAAAGUACACUGGAGUAGUGAGGCAGAACUCCCGGCCAGGCAAGCCCUUCAUGUAUGUCCAUGCCACUGACGCAGAUGAUCCUACAACUCCCCAUGCACAGCUGACCUACAGCAUUCUCCAUCAUUUCCCCAACCCUUACACAGAAAUGCUUUUCCAGAUCGAUAACGUAACUGGCGCAAUCUCAGCCAGUAGGGCAGGCUCUCAUUACUUAGAUCCUCAAAAGCAGGACACCUUCACACUCGUUGUCACUGUGAAGGACAUGGCAGGGAUGACAACGAAUGCUUUCACCAGCAGCGCUGAUGUGAUCAUCACUGUGAAGGAGAGCCUGUGGAAAGCUCCCUCCACCAUUCACAUCCAAGAAAACUCAACCAACGAGUACCCUGUCGCCAUCAGCCAGGUGCACUCAAAUGAGCCAGAUGUAAUUUAUGACCUUUUUGAAAAAGAAAAGCUGCCCAGGCUCCCAUUUUCCAUUGAUCAGAAAGGGAUUAUUUAUGUGACUGAACCCCUGGACAGGGAAGAAGAUGAUAGUUAUACUUUCUUUGUGAUCUCAAAAGAUAACACGGGAGAACUGGUGGACAAGCCUCUGCAGAUUCAUGUUAUCGUAGAUGACAUUAACGACAAUCCCCCUGUGUGCCAGGAGGCUGUCACUGUAAUUGAAGUUCAAGAAAAUGAAAGUGGAGGAAGUAAUAUUGGCACCCUGAUUGCUACAGACAUGGAUGAGGAGAACACCCUUAACUCUCGUCUGCAUUUCAAAAUUGAAAGUCAGGUUCCUGCUGUUCCUGAGAGUAACCUGUUCCUCAUUCAGCAAGACACCGGGAUUCUGCAGUUAACUAGCCGCUCGUUAAACAAGCGCAUUGCAUCCAACUAUUCCUUGAAAGUGCUGGUGACAGAUACAGUAUUCCAAACAAUCUGUGACGUGGAAAUACAUGUCAUCGACAUCAAUGAUCAGAUUCCCAUCUUUGAAAAAUCAGAUUAUGACAGUGUGACUGUUGCAGAAAGUGUCCCAGUAGGAACAGUGAUAUUAGAAAUUCAAGCUACAGAUGGAGACGAGCCUUUCACAGGGAGCUCCCACAUAGUUUACCAAAUGAAGGAAGGAGAUCCAAACAACACAUUCAUCAUAGAGACAGAUCCUGAAACAAACCGUGGGUUUGUCAAGAUUAACAAGGCUCUUGAUUUUGAAACACAUCCAGUGUAUAACCUGGUGAUCAAUGCCACAAACCCGGAACCAUUGGUGACAGGCGUGCAGUACAACUCAAGCUCCCUUGCCUUGUUCAAAGUUUUUGUAACAAAUGAGGAUGAGCCACCUGUUUUCCACAAGACAGUUUACAAAGAAGAAGUGUCUGAAGACAUUCCUGUCAAUACCCUGCUUGUGACGGUGGAGGCCUAUGAUCCUGAGGGGGAUGCUGUACGAUACUCCUUAGAAGGUGAUGCGAGGAAAUGGCUGAGAAUUGAUUCAACUACUGGUCAGAUAUACACUGCUUCCCCUUUGGAUCGAGAACAGCAAGAAAUAUACACAGUUGAUGUUGUUGCAUCAGAGCUAAGUAACGCAGCUCAGAAAUCCCAGGCAACCAUGGUGCUGCACUUACGUGAUGUGAAUGACAACCCUCCAAGGUUAGCUAUGGAUUCUCCUCCCUUCUUCUGCCACCCACUCAGUGGAGGAGAGAAAACUUUAAUUCAAGCUACUGAUGCUGAUGAACAGUGGUAUUUCUCAACGUUUACUUUUUCUCUUGCUGAUGAUAUGGAUACAAAAAAUAAUUGGGAAGUCUCAAAAGUCAAUGCUACGCAUGCUUACCUCUCUCCAAAACAUACUAACUUUGAAGAGAAGGUGUAUUAUGUUCCAGUAAUAAUUAAUGACAAUGGAAAACCGCCUUUGGAAAACAGAGUGCAUCUUGAAGUCAACUUCUGCAAGUGUUCAAGUGAAAACUCAUGUUUUAUUGAAGUAGAUCGUCAGCACUACUGGCCAACUGUUGGCCAGGCGGUUGGGAUUCUCUUUGGGGUCCUGCUCGUCAUUGGUUUAAUUAUAGGAGGUGUGUUUUUUCACAUGAAAUACAAAGAGAAAAAUGAACAGACGAGCCAUCAGAAAGACGCAAUGGAUAAGUCUGAACUCAAUAGACUCGCUUAAGGACUGUUUCAUCAAGAGACAAACAUGCCCUUUGGAUUGGGAAGGAGUGGGCUUUGUAGCUGCCAAAGCCCAGAAGUGUACUCUCACAAACUGAGGACACAAACAUCCGAAAGUAAGCUCCCUCGGUUUUGGCCUCACUUUUUGUAGAUAAUACUAUUCAGUCACAAAACAAAAAAUGUGGGUUCACUUCAGCAGCAGCCAUUAAUAAGAACAUCAGCUUUGACUGAAAUGUUGACUCAUGACAACACCAGAUGCUGAGCUCCUGCGAGGAUCAAUACAUGGGACCAGCCUUCUUUCUUUGGCAGCUGAAGUAAAUACAGGCUUUUUAGAUGACUACAUUUUAUCUAACUGCACAUUCACCUCCUUCCAUGUCAGUAAGUUACUGAAUAGCAGAAAAGGGAAUAAAGUCCCAUGUUACAUUUGAAGAUGUCCCACAAAGUCUCUGACUCUCAGCAAAUGAGCAAACCAGUUUGUGAAGCACCAUGGCCUUUCAUUACAGUCUCUAAGUUAAAAAAUACAUGCUGAGUCAUAUGGAAUUGGGUAAUGUGCUGUUUUAUCAUCCUGCUGCAAAUAUUCUUCUUGCCCCCUAAACAUUAGAUAAGAAUAAAAUGUUCUUUACAGUU